AUGAACAUCCACGUGCCCGUGCCGUGUAAGGGCAAGUUAAAUAACAAGGUCCCCGUGCCCGUGCCGUGCAAGGGCGAGGUGCUGGUUCGAGUGCGUGCGGCGAGCAUCAACCCGGGCGACUGGAAGGUGCAAUCGGGACUCAUCCCCUUCCUGCCACGCCGCUUCCCCGCCACCGCUGGGUACGAUCUGGCAGGCAACGUGGUGGCAGUGGGGCCUGGCGUUACCAAGUACUCUGUGGGAGAUGCCGUUUUUGGAAGGGCGCCGUUCUUCAAAAUGGGCGCCCUGGCGCAGUACGCCAUACUGGAAACUGCCGGCAGUGCACACAAGCCCUACUCCCUCACCUUUGAGUCUGCCGCUGCUCUCCCCGUCGGUCUCACUGCCCUGGAAGCCGUGAGGGACGGCGCCGGCCUGCUCCUUCCUGCAAGCCCUGAGGAACCCAAACCGGGAAAGCAGCUCUUUGCUUCAUCAACCACAUCCCCUUCGCCUGUCAUCAGCCUUUCUGCUCCUGCUGCUGCACAGGUUGCUUCAUCUGCUGAUCCGCCUAUCGCUGGGCUCUAUGAUGCGGUGAUCGAUUGCUCCCCCAACAGCCUGGCAGUUUCCGCUGUGGACAGGGUUCUACGUCCCCAAGGGAGGUGGGUGCAUGUGGAGCUUCCGCUCUCUCUGCUCGCUCUGGGACUCUGGCGCCGCUUGGCUCUUCGCCCGAAGAAACUGUAUCCUGUUUUGAUGGUGAACGGGGAGGGUGAUCUGGAGGUGGUGGGGAGGAUGGCGGAGGAGGGGAAGGUGAAGGUGGUGGUGGAGAGUAGUGUGGCGUUUGAAGAGGCGAGGGAGGCGUGGAGGAGCAUGGGAGGGCAUGUGACAGGCAAGGUGGUGGUUAAGAUGGGAGUGAAGGGCUUCCUCUACUGGUAUGAUGACUACAGCUAG